AUGGCUACCGGAGCAUCGCAACAUGAGUCCCAAGUGGACACCCCCACUGCGAAAACAGGAGUGGAAGAGUCACAGAGUGAACUACCUAUCUGUGACUGGACUGAAAAGGCCGAGACCAAGCUACGAAGAAAAAUUGACUUUACCAUUUUACCAAUGCUCAUGCUCGGCCUCUUCGCCCUCCAACUCGACAGAGGAAACGUCGGCUACGCCAUGACAACAAGCUUCACCGAAGAUCUCGGCAUAAACAACGACAACGUCAACACCGGAAACCAGCUCAUGCUCGCAGCCGUCGUGAUCUUCGAAAUACCCUUCAACAUGGUGCUAUCCAAAAUCGGACCUGCGCUUUGGCUCAUCAUCCAGAUUUUGGCGUGGGGCACAAUCGCAACGGCGCAAGCAGCUGUUCACAACAAACCGGGAUUCUACGCCACGCGCUUCUUGCUUGGGAUGUGGGAGGCUGGAUACCUAGCCGCUGCGCUGACGAUUCUUGCGUCUUUUUAUACGAGGAAGGAGAUGGCGAUGCGGGCUACGUUGGUGUAUGUAGGGAAUUACUGCUCUGCGGGUGUGAGUGGGCUUCUCGCGGGUCUGAUCUUCAGAAUACCCGAGACGAGUGGUUUGAAGAAAUGGCAGUGGCUUUUCAUCAUCGAUGGUCUCUUCACGCUGGUCGUUGGUUUCGUCUUCAUCUUGAUCAUGCCCCGCUCAACUACCAAUACGCUUCCGCUGGCAGGCGUCGAGUGCUUCGACCUGUUCACGGCAGAAGAGAGGGAUAUCUUGGCCAAGCGGGUCAUUAUCGAUGAUCCACGAAAGCACGUAAAGCUCUCUGGCAUCAGCCCCAAGACUGCGCUGCGCAUUCUUUUGACAAGCUUCCCAAUGUGGGGCCAUUUCGGCAUCAACGUCAUUUCCAUCACGCCCAAAGGCGGUUUGGUUUUCUACACACCCACGAUUAUCAAGAACCUCGGUUUUGGGGCAUCUACUGCGAGUUUCCUGGCAGCUGUUAGUAACUUUGGCGUUUGCAUCUUGGCCAUACUUGUAUCUUGGGUGAGCGAUAAGACAUUGUAUCGAGGACCUCUCUGCUUACUUUGCGGCGUGUACUCACUCGUUUUCUCGGGUGUUCAAUUCGCUGUUGUUGGGAGCUCCGACGUCUGGAUGAAGUACGCUAUACUCACGCUUCUGGGUUCAGGAGUGGCAGUAUCUCAGAGUCUCAACGAUGCGUGGUUCAGCAUCAACACCGAAGAUCCGCAGGUCCGGUGCAUCGGUCUCGCGCUGGCUGUUGCGGGGUCUAACGUGGGAGGACUUGCUGGACAGAAUAUUUUUGUGAAAAGCGACGCGCCAUACUAUCGGAACGGCUUUCUGAAGAUCUUGUGCCUCUACGCAGCUAGUAUUAUACUUGUUGCUGGUAUGAUAUUCUACUACUGGAAUGAUAAUAGGAGGAUGGAAAAGUCCGGAGAACUAGAGGAGGCCGCGGGAACAGAAGGCUCUGGUGGAAUCAAGAAGAGAAGAGUGAAGAACCAGCUGUAG